GGAAUGCAAGAGAGCCAGAAUUCAAAGCGAGGCCACAGCAAAAUUGAGUGUUUGAUAAUAGUCCUGAUUUCUAUUCUCUCUUUGGAAUUCCAUCCAUUUCUGUCUUUCAAAGUUCAAAUCUUUUGGGGUUUUGGUUUAUUGAAUCUUGAUUGGAACAUCAAAAACCCAGAAGGGUGAUCCAGUUUUUGGUUGUAAAGUUUGAAGCUUUUUGGUUUGUUUCUGCAAAAAACCUCGUCUUUUAUCUGGGUUUUUCUUGCUUUGUUCUAAACCUCUACCUGUUCUUUGAUUUUGGUAAGAACCAGGUUGGUUUUUUAAGAUAUCUGUGGAGUUUUAGCUUACCCUUUUGUAAUUGAAAUGGCAGCAGCUAUAGAUACUUACAGUAGCAGCAGCUCAAUGGCUCCAGAUUUAUCAGAGGAGCUCAUGAGAGCACUUAUGCCUUAUAUGAAAAGUUCUUCUAUCUCCUCUAUUUCUCCACCAACCUCUCCCUCCACUUCUUCUUCUUCUUCUGCUUCCUACACUCCAUUUUACUCUUCUUCUCAUCCCAAUUUGCACCCUGACUUUUGCUCAAACACCCAAAUGUUCUCACAAGUGGGUUUUGAGCAAACAGGUUCAUUGGGGCUUAACCAACUCACCCCAUCUCAAAUUCAUCAAAUCCAAACCCAAAUGAUACUCCAACAACACCACCAACAGCAACAAAAGCAGCAAAUCGCAGCUCUAGCUCCACUACCAAACCAAUAUCACCACCAGAACACUCACACCCUCAACUUCCUUGCCCCAAAAGCUGUCCCAAUGAAGCAAUCUAGCACUCCCAAACCCACAAAGCUCUACAGGGGAGUGAGGCAGAGGCAUUGGGGCAAAUGGGUUGCUGAGAUUAGACUCCCCAAGAACCGAACUCGUCUCUGGCUUGGCACAUUUGAAACCGCAGAAGAAGCAGCUUUAGCUUAUGAUAAAGCUGCUUAUAAGCUCAGGGGAGACUUUGCCAGGCUCAAUUUCCCACAUCUCAAGCACCAAGGAGCUCACAUCUCUGGAGAUUUUGGCAAUUACAAGCCUCUUCAUGCCGCAGUUGACGCCAAGCUCGAAGCAAUUUGCGAGAGCUUGGCUGUUAAUGCGCCGAAACAGACCAAAACAGAGGAGCUCUGUUCUGAAACAGAGACAAAGCCAGUGAUUUCAGCACAAAAGAUGGUCUUUGAUGAUGCCUUGAGUACUGAACGUACUGAACUGAAAACAGAGUGGGACUUCCCUAAACUGGAGGCCUUUUCAUCCUCAUCUUCGCCCUCUCGAUCCUGUGAUGAGUCCUCAGCCGGGUCAUCCUCACCGGAAUCAGACAUUCCAUUCUUGGAUUUCUCAGAUUCUCAGUGGGCUGAGAAUGAUACUUUCGGAUUGGAGAAGUACCCUUCAGUGGAGAUUGAUUGGUCUGCUAUUUGAAGUCUCUAUGAUGUUGUAAUCUUUGUUAAAUUUUAGUUUCGUUCUAGGUUCGGUUCUAGGUUCAGUCUGGUGUAUCCAGUAGCCAGCUUCUGCAAUGAAAUUUUUGGCAUUUGCAGAGGUUUUGCUCAGGAUACUUAGGGUUUAGUAAGUGCAGUUGCUUAGUUCAUAGGUCAGUGUGUCUAAUUGUGUGAUUUCUCCAUCUUGGUUUGCUGGUAAUUUUUUUUCCUUGCAACCAUGGAGAUUGUGGUGAUCAUUGUAAUAUAUAUAAUUGUACUUUUAUUUUCUGUAAUUUGGAUAACAUGGUGAGCAUGUGAUGAUGUUUGAUUUC